AAUUAGGUUAGUUUAUACUGAAACUGAGAGUUCUUUAGGGUUUCUCUUUCGCAUCUUCGUCCCCAGCUCCUCUCUCUUCCUCGUGUAGUUUAUUUGCUGAAUCGAGUAUAAAAUGGGUAGAUGCCCGACGAGGAAGGUGAAGAAGAGGCGUUUGUCUCACAAAACAGCUCGCCGGGACAAAUUCGAAGUCAAAGGCGACGAUUUGGUGUAUACCGAGUUGAGGAAACCGGAGACGGAGAUGAAGCCUUUACAGCUUGACGAAGAUUUGCCUGGAAUGGGUCAAUUCUACUGCUUACACUGCGAUCGGUACUUCUCUAAUGCAUCAGUUCGUGAUGAUCAUUUCAAGACCAAAAAACACAAGAAGCGUGUGAAGAUAAUGAAGGGACCGGCGCCACACUCACAGCUCGAUGCAGAUUUAGCGGCUGGAAUGGGAAUGCCGGACAAUGGUCCAAAGCUGAUGAUGGCUGUUUGAGUUUUACUGUUUUUCUUUGGGAUUUUGUCUUUGUAAAAUUACCCCCUUCGAUGUUAAUGUUUUUGAAAACUAACUAUUUUCAUAUAGCAUGACAUUUAUAGUAAAGUAUUAAUCACUUUGGAGUGUUAUUUGAUUACUUAUGCUUCUGCUA